UUCAGAGUGGCAUCUACUGGGGUCAUCAAACUGAGCUUCAGAUUGAAUAAAUAACGUGCACAUAACCGGGACUGUGGUUUAGAGUCGCUUUACGCGCUGCUCUCGACUUGGUUCAUCUCUACCUGAUGGUGCGCAAAAGUGGACCGUGGAAAGCUUUGCACGCGCUGUGAUCGCAUCAGAGGAUUUUGCUUUUGUGAGUUUACGAUAUCAGCUUCACACUGAGCUCUUGCAUUUGUUUAUAUGAGGAGGCAAGAACUGUUUACGCAGACGGACCUGCAUCUUAACCAAAUGGAUGCGCAAUGAUGGAUUAAUCGCUUUCGAAGGGAUCAACUCAUGUAACUUUCACCAGGCAACAGCGCAGCGCCCUGAUAAACCCCUGCGGAUUUUAUAUCACCAACCUUUACCUGAUUUUUAUCCCCUGGUUUCAAGAUGACAUCGGGGUAUUUGAUAAGGUCGCUGCUCGUGCUCUUUCUUGCGCUCUUCUCUGCCAAUGCAAGCAACUGGCUAUACCUAGCAAAGCUGUCAUCGGUGGGGAGCAUCUCCGACGAGGAAACAUGCGAGAAGCUUCGGGGUCUCAUACAGAGGCAGGUUCAGAUCUGCAAGCGCAACGUGGAGGUGAUGGACGCAGUCCGCCGGGGUGCCCAGGUCGCCAUCGACGAGUGCCAAUUUCAGUUCCGCAACAGACGGUGGAACUGCUCGACGCUAGACAGCGUUCCUGUGUUUGGCAAAGUGGUCACCCAAGGUACAAGGGAAGCUGCCUUCGUGUACGCCAUAUCUGCUGCUAGCGUAGCUUUCGCAGUGACCAGGGCCUGCAGUAGCGGGGAGCUGGAUAAGUGCGGCUGUGACCGUAACGUGCAUGGUGUAAGUCCAGAAGGUUUCCAGUGGUCGGGAUGCUCUGACAACAUUGCGUAUGGAGUUGCCUUUUCUCAAUCUUUUGUGGAUGUGAGAGAAAGAAGUAAAGGACAGUCAUCUAACAGAGCUCUGAUGAACCUUCAUAACAAUGAAGCAGGGAGAAAGGCAAUUCUAAACAACAUGAGGGUGGAAUGCAAGUGCCACGGCGUUUCGGGCUCCUGCGAGGUGAAGACCUGCUGGAAAGCCAUGCCACCUUUCCGUAAAGUCGGCAACGUCAUCAAGGAGAAGUUUGACGGCGCGACAGAAGUGGAGCUACGCAAGGUGGGCACAACCAAGGUCCUGGUUCCACGCAACUCCCAGUUCAAGCCACACACAGAUGAAGAUCUGGUGUACCUGGAACCGAGCCCCGACUUCUGCGAACACGAUCCCAGAACGCCGGGCAUAAUGGGAACUGCGGGGCGCUUUUGCAACAAGACCUCCAAGGCCAUUGACGGCUGCGAGCUGAUGUGCUGCGGCCGAGGGUUUCACACAGAAGAGGUGGAGGUGGUGGACCGCUGCAGCUGUAAGUUUCACUGGUGCUGUUACGUCAAGUGCAAACAGUGUCGCAAGACGGUCGAGAUGCACACGUGUCGGUGAUCCACAGAACUUUCCGGAAUGGUUUCCACUUCCCAGACAACGAAACGCAUACAAAAAGGGAAGAAAUGCGGACAUUCCCAGGCAUUUCAAAGAAUGAUAGAGGAACAUGUCAUACAUGAGACACUUUAAAAUAUAGGGGCUUGAAAAUAGUUGCAAAACCCAAAGUCCCACUGAGAGUAUUUUUCUCUCCUGUUGCAUUUGUAAUUGUGGUCGCUCUCUUAUUUUUAUUUUUAUAUUUUUUUAACUUAUUGGAAUCGAAUAGAGAGUGGAUUUUUAAUGUGACAUGCACCGGGGGAGUGCCAAUGGGAACAAAGUUAUUUACAGACAUUGACCCAGACGGAUUAGGGGCACAUCAAUACGGUGAAAGGUGUCCAAAAGCCUUUCCAUUGUUAAUGCUGCUUUAGGGUUUCAUCAUGAAAGAUGGACAUUGGACUAACACUACACGUUGGAACGGAGUGCAGGUGUACAUCUGCUUUACGAGACUAAGUAGAUUUUUCAAUACAUGUGGCCGUUCGUUCCUAUAUAGCUGUGAUGCUGCUUGAAUUCAAGAAUCACUCACCAACAAUGUACAGCUUUGGUCUUCUGUAGAAGUAUUAAAGCCCGCCUGUGUCUGUAGGGAUGAAAAACCAACUCCGGUUAAGAUGGAGUGGACUAUUACACUUACCAGGGAGUGUUAGGCUCACAGAAGGGUUAAGAAAAACUAAAAACAGUAUCAACUAUUGACGCAGACAGCCAGUGCGCAUAUCAUUGGUGCUGAGCCGUAAUCACACAUUUUGGGAAAAAAUGAAAACUCGUUGACUCGGAGUGCUUGGAUCAUGGAUUCUGUGCACAUUAAAGAUAGCACUUUUCCUUACAUACCACAAAUAAACAAAUCUCCAAGCAUUCCCUGCACCGUUAGCCAGACCAAGUGACUGAAUUAUUUAUGGUCAAUAUCUACAAUACCAUAAAACCAAGCUUUCCUUUAGUAAAAUUGCUAUUCAGUAUGCUUUUAAAGAAACAUAGAUUUGUAAAGACUUAUACACUGAAGAGGAUUAUAUUUCAUAUGAAUGUAUGGUAAAUUGAAAUAUAUGCUGUGUCAAAGACUGA